CGAAGAUCCACCGCACAGCGUCGGAAGUCCAGAGGCCACUCGCAAGGCAACGGAAAAGUUGAAUGGUACAAGUGAACUCCUGUAGUACAUGUAUGGAGCACUGGUACUGGUAGCUGCCACUGAAGUCCAGAUAAGUUAACUACCGCUAUUUCCAGCCGACCUCUACAAUCCACUGUCUCUGUCAAGUUUGAAUUGAGUCGAUUCAUUGAUUACUGCAUUUUACUGAGCAAGAUGGUCAGCAGCACUCCAGACCCGAAAAGUACUACUACUACCGCCGUGCCGAGCACUCCUCGAGUAGCGACAAGACGUGUCACUCGGUUUUCUCCUCGGCCGUUUAGUUCUCCAUUGGCAGCAGCUCGAAAUGUGGGUCGGCCGCCCAUUGUGCUCGAAUGGGGAUCUACCAUGAUUCGGGUUGGAUAUGCCGAACAAUUCCAACCGCAACACAUUAUUCCUCUUCCGCGAGAUCCUUUUCAAAAGCUGGAAGCCUAUCAAAAGGAGAAAAAGACGGAUACCUGGAUGGUCGAAGAAGAAUCACGGUGGUACGAUGUCGUGUCACCCAUUAUCCGACAAGUCUUUGAUCGCCUCAUGGUGGAUCCUACCACCCGACGAGUGCUGGUCGUAUCCAAGCCGUAUCCACUCAAAACGUGGGAAAUGGCCGUGAUGGAGUCACUCUGGAAUUUGGGCGUUCCUGCUGUCGUAUUUCUCAAUUCACUGGAAGUCAUCCCUGUGGCGCAAGGAUGGAAGCGUGGAUUGGUGGUGACAUUUGGCCAGGACGAGUCACAUUUCUUGGCCUACGUGGAUGGACAUCCAUUGCCAUUUACCUAUCAAGUGGUGCCAACGGGCUACAAGCACGGCGUUGAGGAUGACUCGAAAAUCACCUGUGAGUGGGAUGACAAGAUGGAAAAGGCAUGGCUAGAUACCAACAAUCCCAACAGUUUGGUCGUUGCUCUGUUGAAAUGUUUGGAGGCGUGUCCCCUGGACUCGAGAAAAGAUGUCAUUGCAAACAUGCUCGUGUGUGGAGACUCCUCAGCGGUGGUGCCCGACCUGCCACGACGUCUGGCUGUCAAGCUCAAGGCAGUCCUAGGCGAGGAGGAAGCAACGUCGGAUCCGGCAUCCACUACUGAGCAAGAUGACUUUCCCUUGACCAUGGUAUUGCCUGCCAUUAAGCUUUUGAAGCCAUUGGCUGGGCAUGUUGGACUGCUCUCGUGUGCUCCCUACCGAUCCGACUUGAUUAGUUGGGUUGGUGGAAGUAUCCACGCAACGCUGUGGCAUCGUCAAGAAGAUCAAUCCCCCGUUCAAUGGGUCCUUUCUCCUACAGGUGCAGCUGAGUAAAACUACUACGACUAUAACCAUAACAAUGGCGGAACUAGUCUGCGAUGUUUUGUCGUCAUUGCUACUGAGCAGGAUAUUGCAUGGCCUACGAGAGUUGACCUUAUAGCUCGACUUAUUUACUGUAACGCUUCCAAUGUUUACGCUAUGCAUUAAUCUACUGGUACCGGUACCACAUUUCAUGUACGCAUACC